GAUUAAAAACGUGAUUUACUUCAGCCCAUUCAGCUCUUAGGUUAGGUAACGAUUCCGAAGAAGCAAUUCUUUGGUAUAAUACUAUAUUAUAAAUAAAAUACGUACAUAAUUAUGGCUAAAAUUAAAUGGAAAAUUAAUGAAAAAGACAGUGAAGAAAAUAAAAAAAAAAGUAAAAUGAAGGGCGUGAGAUCUAAUUAUGGAGCUGAAAACUUAAUAAAUGCUGUAAAUGAGGUUAUGAAAGGAAAUAGUGUAGCUGCAUCGAGCCGAUUAUAUAAUGUGCCUCAAUCCACAAUUAGAGCUCAUGUGCAGGGUAAACAUUCUAAUAAAAAACCUGGGCCUAAUACAGUUCUGUCUGAAGAGGAAGAAGACAGACUUGUGAAAUGGAUUUUUCAUUGUGGUGACCAAGGCUUUCCAAUAACAAAAGAACAUUUGUUACAAAGUGUACAGUUGCUUCUGGUGGAAUUGAAAAGACAAAAUCCUUUCACCAAUGGUGUACCGGGUCGUCAUUGGUAUGAAGGAUUUUUAAGAAGACACAAUAAAAUUGCAACAAAAUUAUCAGAAAAUGUAACUCUCAAUCGUGCAAAAGUGUCUGAAACCAGUAUGAAACAGUGGUUUAAUGAGAUUAAGCAGUAUUUAGAAUCUAAGGGCCUUUUGAAUAUUGACAGCAGCAGAAUAUUUAACUGCGAUGAAACUGGACUUUCUUUGAAUCCCAAAACCUCAGCAGUACUUGUUAAAAGAGGCACAAAAUAUGUUUAUAAAAUUGACGGUAACAGUGAAGAAGAAACUGUCACAGUGUUAGUUACAGCAAAUGCUGCAGGUCAACUUGCGACACCUUUGAUCCUAUUCAGUGGUCAUAAGGUACCACCUGAAGUGCAACAGUUGUUGCCUAGUGGUUUAAGUGCAGGUGUUUCAAAUAAUGGCUGGAUGACAGCCAAAAACUUUUAUGAUUAUGUGACUAAUGUAUUAUAUCCUUGGCUAUUGCACAAUAAUAUAGUAUUUCCCAUUAUUUUAUACAUUGAUGCACAUUCCCCCCACGUAACACUAGCUCUUAGUGAAUUUUGUCAUAAAAACGGAAUUGAAUUGAUGGCUUUAAAGGCAAAUCCAAUGCAUAUCCUACAACCACUUGAUGUGUCGUUUUUUCAUACCUUUCAAUCUUUCUGGCAGAAAAAUUGCAUGGAAUUUUGCAACAGCAACAAUUUGUUAAGUGUCAAAAAAUAUCAAGUUGCAAACAUCUUAAAAAGUACUUUUGAAAGUAUUAAAGUAGCAAAAAUUCUCCAAAAUGGGUUCAGGACUUGUGGUUUAUACCCUAUUAAUGAAAAUGUUGUAAAUUAUGAAAAAGUUUUUAACAGAAUCGCUAAAGUAUCCUGCGAAGAAGAAAACAUUCUAGUCAAACAUACUUAUGAUACACAAAGUGGACUAAAAUGUAUUGAAAAUGUUAUUGGAAAAGAUAAACUGCUUGUAUUUAAAAGUUAUGAAAUUCGUCAAUGGUGCGGCAAAAAGGAGGAUGAAAAUUUAUUUUAUUUAUGGUUUGAUUUAUCACGCGAGGUACAACAAAAGGAAAAUAUAGAACAAUAUGUGAAUAAAAUUAAAGUUGAGGACCAUUUUUGUAAUUGAGAGCAAAUACCUCAUGAUUUGGGCUGUUCAAUAAAGUAUGAAAAAUUAUUUAAGUAAAAAGAAAGAAAUGUUGAAAAAGAAAAAGGUGUUCAUAAUGUACUAAAUUUAAAACAGUAUGAAACUAAAGGUAAUAAGUAUUACCUAAUUGAAUACUUAUUAAAAGAAUGUAUCUAUAUAUAUAUAUAGCUAAAGUAUGCGAGAUCUCGAAAAUUUCGAGACGAGACCGUAACAGUAUGUCACUUUCAACAUCUUCGAGAAUCUCGACAUUUACGAAAAUCUCGAUAUCUUCGAUUAGGGACAUACAGUGGGUGUAGAAAGUAUUCGUACAGCAAUCAAUUUCAACAAAAACAUUAUAGAACUUUGUUUAUUACAAAAACGUGUUAACAAAAAAGAUGUGUACAUAUUCUUUAAAAUCUUCAAAACAAAUGUCACAAAAAAGAAAUUGUUUAUUUAUAUUCUUUAUGAAACUAUUAACAAAACUCUUAAAUAUGGAUGAAAAUAUACGCAUAAUAAGUAUUCGUACACUUCCAACUUUACAACAAGGUCUCUUAAUUUUUAUACAUACACAUAACAAAAAUCAACUUGUUUGUUAUUUUAGUAUUUAGUUGGAUUUCCUUUAGAUUGUAUAAUCGCAAUAAGAGCCAACGUGACAUUGACUUUACUAACUUUCUGGUGAUUGUACUCGAAAUGUUAUUCCAUUCUUGCAGUAGUGCAUUUUUUAAAUCUUUUUUUGAACAAAUAUGGUGAUUUCGAAUCUUUUUUUCGAGAUGACCCCAUAAGUGCUCUAUGACGUUUAUGUCUGGAGACUGCAGAGAGAUUGGUAAGGAGUGGUACAUUAUACAGGAUCCAUUGUCUUGUAUUAUAAGCAUUAUGCUUUGGAUCAUUGUCUUGUAAAAAGAUAUACCAUCGAUAAAAUGGCGGGAUCCAUCCCCAUUCGCA